AUGGAAAUGGCUGUAAUUAUUGCAACGAUCAUGCAUUUUGAGGUGAGACUGAAUCAGAAUCGCAGCACUGCGCACGAAUUGCAAAGCAAAGCGAAUAAUCUGUUAGCCUCGAGACAGUUUUUGAAACUCGCCAAAGUGAUUUCGUUAUGCCUUCUGCUAUUUUCAGUUAAAGCUUUCGCUUGUGUGCAUCCAAAUCGUGCAACUUAUGUGAAGUCUGAAGGAGUGCUUCUCAGUAAACACCCACAAGCAUUUCUAGAGCAUUUGACGUUACCCGAAUGCGCUUCAGUGUGCACGCAGGACGCUCAGUGCUCAGCAUUCCAGUACGUUCCGUCUCGGCUGCGAUGCAUUCUGUCGGAUUCAGCUGAUGGUCACCCAUCCGAAUUCACACCGAUGUUGCCGUCCGACUAUUCGCUCUAUGAAAAAAUUUGUAUUGAAACAUCGUUCAACUGUCCGUCGCCACACGCCUUCGAGCGUUUCGCAGGACACGUACUGAUCGGAAAUGCACUCGAGGUGACAUAUGCAGAGAAUUUGUCGAAGUGUUUAGCAGGUUGUCUUGAAGCGGCAAAAGUAUUCCAAAUUGAAUGCAGCUAUGAUUUUAGAUCGGUGAUGUAUUAUUACACCACAAAAGAAUGCAUUAUGAAUCGCGAAGACCGCAGUUCAUUGCCGAAUCUUUUCGUCUUAAAUGAUCUCGAUCGCUCAAUUGUGGAUUACUUUGAUAAUAAAUGCUUGAAUGUAGCAUGUCAGGAUGGCUGGUCGGUACACUGGAUCAAAAUUCAACCAUUCGAAAUCAGUAAUCAUAGCGACCUUAUCAUAGAAGGUAUCAGCAAAGAUGAAUGCCUCAUACAUUGCUUGGUUUGUAAAUUCAUUCUUAGAGAACAUAAUUCGAUCAAUGAUCAACAAUUUCCAUGCAAACUAUUCACUUACUCGGAUACAACGUCAACUUGUCAUCUAACCACUGAAUCAGGAAUGAUAAGGCGAGAGAAGGCUACUCAGAUGGUAAGAAGGUUCGAAGGAACGGAACCAGAAAUAUUCUAUGAAAAAAUCUGUCUUCAAACAAAUAAAGAAUGUGGUAACGUCAGUUUCGAACAGAAUCUCGGUCGUGUUCCCAGAAAUGUGGUCAAAAGUGAGGUGAUACCUACGUUGAGUGUUUCGGAAUGCUUGGAACUCUGCUUGCAGCGAAAUUCACGAUGCAACGGUGCCAUAUUUUCAAGGAACAAGGUCGACCAUUAUGUAAACGUAUGUGAAUAUGUGACACGCGAGCAAUUCUUCGACGAUAUCCAUGAAUCGCCAUCGCUCCAUUUGUGGUCUGAUUCAAAGCCAGUUGAAAUUCCGGAGCGUGCGUAUGACAGUAAACGAAUUACUGUUCAACACAGCGCUCUAUCCAGCCAUGAACAUUCAGUUUCUCAACAAAACGCAAAGAAAUGGAUAAUCUUCGAAUUUUCAAAACAAAUUCCAUUUUUUGCAGUAUUGCAAACCGAGUGUAAUGUCAACAGUAUAAUUGUUCGAAUGCGAUUCUCAUCAAAGAAAACGGGAUCUAUCUUCAUCAAGGAUCAUUUUUCGACGUGUCAUGCAAAUUUCGAGAAUUCUAGCGAAGCCGUCCUCAAGAUUGAACUGCCGUCACUUCACGAUGAUAAUCCUUCAUGUCCCGCUCAUGAAAUUAAGCCAUCUAAAUGGUCAUUCGUUAUUGUCGUACACAGAAACGACUCGGAAAAAUCAGCACUUGUAGUGGACUUAGAUCGUGUUUUUAAUAUUUCUUGCGACUAUUCGAAUGCUGUCAUGAAUUCGAAUAUGCCGACCAAAAUUCAGCCAUCUGCUGAAGAAAUGAACCAAAUUCAACCAAUGGAAGCACAUUCACGACCAGGACAAAUAAUUGAGAUGACUAUUCUUCGCGGAGGACAGCCAGUGAGCUCUGUGAUGUUAGGUGAGGAAGUGGAGAUUAGAUGGACGACAGUAAGAGGCGAUGAUGGCAGCGACAAGUUCGAUUUCAAGGUAACCGAAUGCUCAGCCGAACGAUUGGAUGGAACAGCACCCAACCCACCGCCACUGCAGUUGAUCUCUAACGGGUGUCCCAAUCGAGAAUCAGUCUAUAGACUGAUUUUGCAUCAAAUCAAAGAGAUUGAAAAUGGAUACAGCACAACGAUGAAAGUGUUCAAAUUUGAUGGCUCACGUCGUGUUCGAAUCAUAUGUACAGUUGAUAUUUGUGACGGGGAUUGUGAUAAGGUAAGAGGAUGUACAUCAUUGAUUGAAAAUAUUCAGCAAAGCGUUGGAUGA